CUCAUCUGUUCAGUUUGAAGACUCACUACAGCUGUGUGUAAAUCUCUUUUAUUAUGGCUUUAGUGGAAACACUUCUCCUGAAUGUCUCCAGCACAGGAGCUUUACUCGCUGCUCUUCUGCUGCUUUUGGUUAUUUAUUUCUGCUUCAGGUCUCCAGAAGAUGACCAAGAACCUCCAGGACCCAAACCACUGCCACUCGUGGGAAACCUGCACAUUCUGGACCUUAAACAACUUCAUUUGAGCCUCUGGAAUUUAUCAAAGAAAUAUGGGUCAGUGUUCAAAGUUCAUCUUGGACCCAAAAAGAUUGUGGUUUUGGCCGGAUACAAGACGGUUAAACAAGCACUGGUGAACCAGGCUGACGAAUUCGGGGAAAGAGACAUAACACCCAUAUUCCAAGACAUCAAUAAAGGACACGGAAUCGCCUUUACAAAUGGUAAUAGGUGGAAAAUCAUGAGAAGAUUUGCUCUCUCAACUCUUCGAGACUUUGGAAUGGGAAAGAAACUAAGCGAAGAGAAAAUCAUUCAAGAGACGCGAUAUCUGCGGGAAGUGUUUGAGACCUUCCAAGGAAAUCCUUUUGAUACAACCCAGCCAGUAAAUUAUGCCGUUUCCAACAUCAUCUCGGCUAUUGUUUAUGGAAAUCGUUUUGAAUAUGAAGACCCAACGUUUCAGGAAAUGGUUGACGUAGGAAACCAUGUCUUUCACAUGAUGGGCUCUUCUGCCAUACAGAUCUACAACUUGUUUCCAGUGCUGGGGCCGUGGCUGAAGACUAGGAGACUGCUAAUAGAAAGUGCGGAGAGUACCCUGGCUAAAAUGCAGAUGCUGGUGGAUCGCUUACGGGAGACCUUUAACCCUCUCGACUGUAGAGGAUUCGUUGAUGCCUUCUUCAUCCAAAAACAAAGCUUAGAGGAAUCUGGAGAAAAUGAUUCACAAUAUAAUGAUCUGAACCUGCUCAUGACUGUGUCCAACCUGUUUGUUGCCGGUACUGACACCACCAGCACAACGCUACGCUGGGGUUUACUGCUCAUGGCCAAAUAUCCUCACAUACAAGAUCGGGUUCAUGAGGAAAUUGACAGGGUGCUUGACGGACGUGAACCGGUUACAGAGGACAGGAAGAAUUUACCUUACACAGACGCUGUGAUCCAUGAAAUUCAGAGACUGGCUAAUAUAGGGCCCUUGAGUUUGCCACAUAAAACCAGCUGUGAUGUGAACUUCAAUGGAUAUCUCAUCAAGAAGGGGACGUGUGUUCUGCCACUGCAGACGUCUGUUUUGAGAGAUGAGAGCGAGUGGGAGACGCCCGACACUUUCAACCCUGAACACUUCCUCAAUGAGAACGGUCAGCUGAUCAAACGUGACGCCUUCAUGCCCUUCUCUGCAGGACGCAGGAUGUGUUUAGGAGAGGGUUUGGCCAGGAUGCAGCUCUUUCUGUUCUUCACUUCUCUUCUUCAGUGUUUUCACUUCACUCCUCCACCUGGAGUCUCUGAAGAUGAAUUGGAUCUCACACCAGUUGUGGGCUUAACACUAAUUCCAUUACCACACAAACUGUGUGCAGUCAGUAGGGCAGAAAAACACAACCUCAAGUUAUAAAUCCCAAGGCAGAAUAACUAGUUAACAGUGGCUGCUGGUGCUA